GGAAGGGGGAGGGGGAGGGUAGGAGCAGGUCCCGGGAGGGAGUGUGAAGCCAGAGGGGGAAGGGAGGCUCGCAGCCACUCCGCCCCUGUGCGUAGAGCGUCCACGUGAUUAAGCCCUGGAAAUGUGAUCGGCGUUUCUUCGAGGUGGACCUGCACGAGCCUGAGAUUUCCUCGGGCUGAAGUGACCUGCUUUAGGGUCUCUUGGUGGAGAAGAGAUUCGGCGAAGAAGGAACUCGGGAAGGACACGGACGGAAAAAGGACACGGACGGAAAAAGGACACGGAGUCAGUAGGUAAAGGGGCCACGUAUGGGGGACAUGAGUGGCUCGUGAGUGUUCUGAGGAGGAACUGCUUGUUGUGAGCGUGAGGGCGUGGGCGGCUAUAAUGAAAGGUGAGCCCAGCGUGGCGGCCAUCAGCGGGUCUGCGGUGAGGGAGGAGCCUGCCGCACCGCCUCACAUGACACCGGGCUCGCAGUCGUCCCCGCCUGCGGCCGUGUCAUUCCUCCAUUCGCGGCACCACCACGCUGGCCUUCUGCGUAGACUCUCUCGCUACGCCUCCAGGGUGGUUCCCCUCGGCGCCAUACGCGAGCACGAGACGAAGAUCCUGCCGGAGGGGGACGCCGGCGCCGGCGCGGCACCCCCCACGUCCUACGGCGCCACCAUGGACGGCACCAACGACCUGCAAGGAGGCGGAAGCAGCCGGGGCGCCAGGCGCAGGCGGAACGCAGAGGGCGCCAAGGACGGGUCGUCGUCGCCCCGGGGAGACAACAUUCCCGUGUGCCACCUGGCCAGGUCAGAUAGCUACGAGCGCGCCAUCAGCAGGAACCUGGCCACGUCCUCGCGGGAGAGCUUCACGAAGCUCCCCGCCCCCGCCAAGAGGACCAAGGCCCGUGCCCCCUCCAGGCCCUCCUCCAGGAAGAAAUCCAACGUGUCGGACGUGUCCCGCUCCUCCAAUACCUCCAACGAGUCCAAUACCGCAGGGACGCCCGUGGGCCUAGCGGGGGGAGAGUCGCGGGCGGACCCCCCCUCUCCGGGCGAGGCGCUCCGGGGGGCUUUGGUGCCGCCCACCGCCGCCCCCAGAUACUCCCUCAAGAAGUCCUUGGACCAGCCCGAAGAGGGCGGAGGAGGCAGCGAAUACCCGUACUUGAGAGAGAUGAAGGAGCGCCUCUUGCUGUCCAGGGACCCGCCACUGGCCAGCAUGGACGAGUCGUCGCCCCACGAUGCCGCCGACAACCAGGUCCUCGAAGUGCACCACACGCCCGUAGGGACCGUCGUCAAG